AUGGAACAGCUGUCGACGGCCGACCAAGGCAAGGUGGACGAGUUGAAUGACGCCAUCCGUCGGCUCACGCAAGAAAACAAGGAGGCGUUCAGUCAGAGAAUGAAUUUGGAGGCAACGAAAAAUAAACUAGAGAAUUUGCUCACCAACAAUUUAAUACGACGUAAAGACGAGUUAGUGCAAGCCCUUCAAGAGAUAUCGGUAGAGGAUCGCAAACGAAGAUUACAGAAUAGCAAGUCUGAUCUAAAUGCGGCGGAAAAGAGAAUCAAACAGAUUAACAAAGAAAUGGAAGAAGUUGAAAGAAAAGUUCAAGCUGCCGUCAAAAAUGAGAAGGCGCUCAAGUUGGAGUUGGAUAAGUGGAGGAAUAAGGAAAAAGAGGCUCAAGACAAGAUGGAGGAAGAUUCGAAAGGUCUAGAGAAGAUGGCAUCCAAGGAAGUGUUGCUUCAGGAGAAAAUUCAAGAGUCCUUAGAUAAGAUCGCCGCACUCGGAACAUUGCCCAAUGCGCCGGAGUUGCACACCAAGUAUGAGAAGAUGUCGCUUAAACAGUUAUUCAAAGAACUCGAAAAGGCGAACCAGCACUUAAAGAAGUACAAUCACGUGAACAAGAAGGCCUUGGAUCAAUUCAUCAGUUUCUCAGAGCAUAAAGAGAAGUUGUACAAAAGAAAAGAGGAACUUGACGUUGGGUGA